AUGUCUGACACCAAGCCGACUCUCGUGCUCGUGCCGGGCGCGUGGUACCACAUCGACACGUACCACAAGCUGGUCGCGGUGCUCGAGGCCCAGGGGUUCCGGUGCGUGCCCGUGGCGCUGCCGUCGUCGACGACGCACGACCCAGCCACGACGUUCCUCGACGACCUGCAGGUCGUGCGCCGCGCCAUCGUCGCCGAGACAGACCAGGGCCGCGACGUCGUCGUCGUCGUGCACAGCUACGGCGGGCUGCCCGGCCACAGCGCCAGCAAGGGCCUGACGCUGCCACACCGCGGCAGCGACAGCACCACCGACACACACGGCCACGUGCUCGGCUUCGUCGGCCUCGCCACGGGCUUCACCGUGACGGGCAAGACGCUGCUCGACGGCAUGGGCGGGGCGCCGCCGCCGCUGUGGCGCAUAGACGAGGAGACUGGCUUCGCCGUCGUGCAGGGCGACGCCCGCAACGCCUUCUACCACGACCUGCCGGAAGCUGAGGGCGCGCAGUGGGUCGCGCGCCUCGGCUGCCAGACCCUGCGCUCGCUGCGCGAGGGCGGUGAGCACACCUAUUCGGCCUGGCUCGACGUGCCGUCGUGGUAUGUCGUGGCCACUGAAGAUAGGGCUGCGCCGGCGUUUGUGCAGCGAAUGUUUGUGCAGCAGGCGGUUGAUGCGGGCGGUGAGGUUACGGUUAGGGAGUUGCCGACUAGCCACUCGCCUAUGCUGAGCAUGCCGGUCGAGACGGCGCAGAUCAUUGCCGAGGCCGUUGCGGAGUUUGUGGCGAGGAAGGGGUGA